CUCACCUGGUUCUAGAAUGGUAUAAUUUUGUCGUUUUCCUCAAAACCUUUUGUUAAGCGAUCCCGACCCUUUAGGAAUAGACCACAUUAAAUAAAAAUGAGAGUAUCAAUUUUCCUAAGACGGAUGGGAUAAAGGUUAGCCCAUGAAGCCGUGAGCCUGAUGUAAAUGAUAACGUGCGGCCACAAUCCUUUGAUAUUCGUUAAAAGUGAAUGAAUCCGAAGUUUUAUAUUUACUAUAUACUACACUAGUAAUGCCGAACCAUUUACUAUUUGGCUUCAUUAGCCACCCACCUUACAAAAUGUGGGGUGUGUGACAGAAAUAUAAUUGAUGUCUCACCUCGCCAACAUUAAUGUUUAGACUUUUAGCACAGCGUUCUUUCUGUUUUCAGAUAAACACAAACAGAUGAUCAAUCAUUCCAUGUUCAGCCCACGAAAACAUAAAUCAUGGAAUCUAACCGCAUCAAUAAUAGAUCAUCAUCAAGUUCCUUAACAAUAGGAGAAAAAUUGUGUGCGGCGUUCAUACCAUUCGUAGCAUUAAUCGAGAUAUUGAUAUUCGCUGUAUCAGAUUGUUUCGAGUGUUCUUCUUCAGAUCGGCAUAAUAAGAAUCCCUCUAAAAACAAAUUAUCUAAACGUCGUUAUGACGAUCUUGCUCGCCUUGCUAAUGAAACCCAAUUUUCAGUGAAUGAAGUUGAAGCUUUAUUUGAGCUAUUCAAGAAAUUGAGUAAUUCUAUUAUUGAAGAUGGACUAAUUCACAAGGAGGAGCUUCAACUGGCACUGUUCCAGGCACCUCAUGGAGAGAAUCUUUUUCUUGAUAGGGUUUUUGAUCUAUUUGAUGAAAAGAAAAAUGGCGUUAUCGAAUUCGAGGAAUUUGUUCAUUCGCUUAGUGUUUUCCAUCCUUAUGCCCCCGUGGAGGAAAAAAUUGAUUUUGCCUUUAGGCUAUAUGAUUUAAGACAAACUGGCUACAUCGAGCGAGAAGAAGUUCAGCAAAUGGUUAUUGCAAUAUUAAAUGAGUCAGACUUGAGGUUAUCCGAAGACCUUCUGGAGUCUAUUAUUGAUCAGACAUUUGUGGAUGCUGAUGCCGACAAGGAUGGUAAAAUUAACAAAGAAGAAUGGAAAUCUUUUGUACUUCGACAUCCCUCACUUCUGAGGAACAUGACUCUUCCUUACCUGAAGGAUAUCACUACCGUUUUCCCAAGUUUCAUAUUCAACACGACGGUUGCAGACUGAAAUUUGGAAGCUUCAGCUAUCUUUCUUUCCUCCGUGAGGUAUUCCGAGAACCAGAUAAUUUCAGCUGCAGAAUUUGAACUCAACAGAUGAUACAAGAUUACCCUCAUGGAAGCAACCAUGUAAGCCACGGCAUUUUAUUCUCUGCACUAUGAAAUAGGCAUAAUACCAACAAAAAGAACAAUAAUGUUCUAUGUCCCAACUGAAAGUCCUCAGCUGAAAAAUAUUUUGUUUCCUUCUGACGGAUGCGAUUCUUCUUUGUAUAUCAAUUUGAUGGAUCAUUAUAUGAAAUGUACAUAUGCUAAAGUUUUAGCCUAAGACUAAUUCGCUAGUAGAAAACUAUUUUUCUCCAA